AGUGAAACCACAAAAAUGAGCCUGCAAUUCACAAGGACACCAGAGCCAAUGAAAUGUGUACGAGUUUAUUUCAAAGGCUUCCAAGUGGCCCAGACCAUGAUCUUCGCCAUUGAAGAAAUAAACAACAGAACUGACCUCCUCCCAGGUGUAUCUCUUGGAUAUAAGAUAUAUGAUUCCUGUGUCUACACAAUAUUCUCUCUAAGAGCAGCCUUGGCUAUGAUGAACGGUUAUGAGGAAACACUGACUGACACAUCAUGCUCCACACCAGCUGUUGUACAGGCUAUUAUUGGGGCGUCCAUUUCGACUACAGCCAUUGCAAUCGCAGGAACUGUUGGAUUAUUUCAGAUUCCACUGAUCAGUCACUUUUCAACAUGUGCAUGUCUGAGCAAUAGAAAAAGGUUCCCCACAUUCUUCAGAACCAUUCCCAGUGACUACUACCAGAGCAGAGCACUGGCUCAGCUGGUGAAGCACUUUGGCUGGACCUGGAUAGGAGCAGUGAGAGAUGACAGUGACUAUGGGAACAAUGGGAUGGCCAUAUUUAUGAAAGCUGCUCAAGAAGAAGGAAUUUGCAUUGAGUAUUCUGAAAAAUUCCGCUUAACAGAACCAGAGAAACUACUGAAGGUUGUAGAUGUUAUCAAAAGAGGUUCUGCAAAGGUAAUUGUAGCAUUUCUUGGUGAGAAUGGAAUGAUCAAAUUAUUGGAGCAGCUGACCUUUCAGAAUAUUACUGGUCUCCAAAUGGUUGGCAGUGAAGGCUGGAUAACAGCAAACAGUCUAGCGUCACCAAGUGGUUUCAGAACACUGGGAGGAUCUAUCGGCUUUGCCGUCACAAAAGGCAAAAUAAAUGGCUUCAAAGAAUUUAUAUUAAAAAUUCACCCAUCCCAGUACCCAAAUAAUACCUUUAUUACAGAAUUUUGGGAAGCUGCGUUUCAGUGUUAUCUAAGAAAUGGAGACAACAAGCCUCACACAGUUCCAUGUACUGGAUCUGAGAGCUUGACUCAUCUGGAAAAUGCAUACACUGAUGUAUCAGAGCUGAGAACCUCCAACAAUGUCUACAAAGCAGUAUAUGCUGUUGCUCAUGCUCUACAUGACCUGCUGGCAUGUACACCCCAUCAAGGCUGUACAAACAGUGUGAAAACAGAGCCCUGGCAGGUACUUAGGGCUCUGGAAAAAGUUAAUUUCACUUUGGGAACUGGAGAGAAAGUCUCUUUUGACAGUAAUGGAGAUCCGGUAGCCAGAUAUGAGGUGGUGAACUGGCAGCUUGGUCCUGAUGGUGCAGUAAAGUUCACAGUGGUUGGCUACUAUGAUGCUUCUUUACCAUCUGGACAGCAGUUUGUGAUGAGUGCUGCUAGUAUAGUUUGGGCAGGUGGGAAAAAAGAGAAACCCAGGUCAGUGUGCAGUGAGAGCUGUUCCCCAGGGACCCGGAAGGCUGUCCAGAGAGGAAGGCCUGUCUGCUGUUAUGACUGUGUGCCCUGUGCUGAGGGAGAAAUCAGCAGCAUUACAGAUUCUAAUGACUGUAUUCAGUGUUUGGAAGAAUACUGGUCUAAUGAUAGAAGAGAUAAAUGUGUUUCAAAGGUUGUCGAAUUUCUGUCUUUUCAAGAAAUUAUGGGGAUUGUGCUUGUUCUUUUUUCCAUAUUUGGAGCAUGUGUUACGGCAUUUGUGGCUGCGCUGUUCUUUAAAAAAAAAGACACACCCAUUGUGAAAGCCAACAACUCUGAGUUGAGUUUCUUGCUGCUCUUUUCAUUGAAACUCUGUUUCCUUUGCUCUCUUACCUUCAUCGGCCGGCCCUCUGAGUGGUCCUGUAUGCUGCGCCACACUGCGUUUGGGAUCACCUUUGUCCUCUGCAUCUCUUGUGUUCUGGGGAAAACAAUAGUGGUGUUAAUGGCCUUCAGAGCUACACUUCCAGGCAGUAAUGUGAUGAAGUGGUUUGGGCCUCUGCAGCAGAGACUGAGUGUUCUUGCUUUCACUCUCAUACAGGUCCUUAUUUGUGUGCUUUGGUUAACAAUAUCCCCUCCAUUCCCCAACAAGAACAUGAAGCACUUCAAAGAAAAGAUCAUUCUAGAAUGUGAUGUAGGAUCAGCAGUGGGGUUCUGGGCUGUGCUGGGUUAUAUUGGGCUCCUCUCUAUAUUGUGCUUUGUUUUAGCUUUUCUGGCCCGUAAGUUGCCUGAUAACUUCAAUGAAGCCAAAUUCAUCACAUUCAGCAUGCUCAUAUUCUGUGCAGUCUGGAUCACCUUUAUACCAGCUUACGUCAGCUCACCUGGAAAGUUCACUGUAGCUGUGGAGAUCUUUGCAAUUUUAGCUUCUAGUUUUGGCUUGCUGUUCUGUAUAUUUCUUCCAAAAUGUUAUAUAAUAUUAUUCAGACCUGAGCAAAAUACGAGAAAGCAUAUAAUGGGUAAAAUAGAUGUGAAAUCUCAAUGAUUUCCCAAACCAAUUUGUCCCUAUGAGAAUUUGUUAGUGUACUGGACCACAGAGCCACAAACUGUGAAAUAACAAGGAAAUUAUGUCUUUCCUUACAUAAAGUUCCUAAGAUAUAUAAAGGAAAGAAAUGAUGUUGGUAAACCUCUGUUAACUUGACAAUAAACCACAAGAUGUUCACCAAGCACUCUGUGGCUUAGUUGGCUGACUGGUUUUGAACUACUCUCACAACUGGUUUAUCCUAUUGUGGCAAAUAACGUUUUUCUAUUGCAUGCAUAAUAUGAAAAUUUAUUGUUGUGAAUACUGACACAAUUAAAAUAUGUUUUUAGCUGUAUCAUUAUACAUUUCUCAAACUAGAUGCAUAAAACCUGGUCAAACAGGUCACGUAUGCAUAUAAAUCUAAAAUAAAUAAAUUGUGAUAUGAUUAAUGGGUAAAACAGAUGUUAAAUCUCAGUGAUUGCCUGCACCAUUUUAUAGCCAAGAGAACUGUGCAGGGUACUGGACUAUAGAGCCACCUGUGGAAUGAGAAUGCAAUAUGUCUUGCCUUACAUAAUGUUCACAAGAUAUAUAAAUGAAAGGAAGGAUGUUUAUUAACUCAUGUUCUCUUGAUGUAAACUCUGAAGUACUUCACAAAGCACUCCAUGGUUUAGUUGGUUGACUCAUUCUUCAAUAUAAUUACUGGUUAAUUCUAUUGUCUGUCCAAAAAAACUUUAUUUAUUGCAUUUAUAAUAUGCAGUGGUAUGAACAGUGCUUCUAACAGAAAUGAAUUGUGAUAUGUGACCAGGCCCCUGCAUCUCCAGUACCUGGUUAUAUUCAGCAAUAUGCAAGAUAGUGCUAGAAAAUCUGUACAAUGAUUUGUUAUGUUAAAAUAAAAACUA